AUGAUUCUGACCCAAUACAAAAUUCAGUCACAUCUAUAGUUUAUGCUCGGAAAUUACCGAGGGAUUAGUUGAGUCAAACCUACUACAUGCGAAGUGGCAACCCUAUAAACUGGUUCUAAUUAGUUUGAUGGUCUUUUUGAGUUUAAUCUUUCAUUGUCUGUCUGUCUAUUUAUUAAUAGAUCGAUUUACAGUCGUUUGGAGAGAUGUGAGUUGGGUGGAGGGAUCUUUGUCCAUUUCCCCACCCACCCACCCACGAUUUUAACACUCACUUUGGAGCUUUAUCGUGAUGGUAUUGAUAUGACAUUCAACAAGGAUCCCAGUAAAAUACAUCACUUUGACAAGCUUUUCUUGUUGAUUGGUCUAGUUUAGCAAGCUUCUGCAGAUACCAAUGGUGCUUAUCAAAAGGCAGAUUGCUUGAUCAUUCAUCUCUUGGAAUUUGUUCAAUGGCUGUUGCCGGAUAUGCUUAUGAUGUAUUUUUGAGCUUCAGGGGUGACGACACCCGCAAGACCUUUACCGAUCACCUCUAUGUAGCUUUGGUCCAAGCAGGAUACCAGACUUUUAGAGAUGAUGAUGAAAUUGUGCUAGGAGAGUAUAUUGACUCAGAACUGCAAAAAGCCAUUGACCAGUCAAGAAUCUCGAUAAUUGUCUUCUCAAAAACUUAUGCUUAUUCAAGAUGGUGCCUUGAUGAACUUGUGAAGAUCCUCCACCAUAAAAAGACAUCUCGGCAUGAAAUUUUACCUAUCUUCUAUGAUGUGGAUCCAUCUGACGUUAGAAAGCAGACAGGGAGUUUUGCUGAGGCAUUUACUAGACAUGAAAUGCAGUUCAGGGCAGAAACCAAUGAAAGAAAUGAGGAGUGGAGAAAAAAGUUGGAGCAUUGGAGGGCAGCACUCAAAGAUGUUUCAAAUUUGGCAGGGAUGGUCUUACAAAAUCAAUUUGACGGGUAUGAGGCAAAGUUCAUCCAGAAAAUUGUCAACGUGAUCAGAGAUAAAUUGAAUCGCAGAGACUUGAGUAUUAGCCCCUUCUUGGUUGGAAUACUUCCACGAGUACGAAAAAUUAAUUUGUGGAUGCAAGAUGGGGCGAUGGAUGCUAGUAUGAUCGCAAUAUGUGGGAUGGGUGGAAUAGGAAAGACAACCAUUGCCAAGUCUGUCUAUAAUCUAAACAGAGAAAACUUUGAUGGUAGUAGCUUUCUUGCGAAUAUCAGGCAACAUUCGCAGGAACCAAAUGGUUUAGUUAAACUGCAACAACAGCUUCUUUCCGAUAUCGGGAAAGAGCAAAAGCUGAGCUGUGUUGACGAAGGGAUUAUUAAAAUUGCCGAUGCCAUAAGUUGUAAAAGACUUCUCCUUGUUCUUGAUGACGUGGAUCAAGUUGAUCAAUUACAUGCAGUGUUUGGAAUGCGACGCUUGUUUAGUCCAGGAAGUAAAAUCAUUGUAACAACUAGGCACGAACGGUUGUUAAAUUCUCGUGAAGUUCAUAAGGUGCACCAGGUCAGUCCUCUCAACAAUGAGGACUCACUUGAGCUCUUUAGUUUGCAUGCGUUUGGACAAGCUCAUCCCAUUGACAAUUUCUUGGAAUAUGCUAUGAGAGUAGUACAUUACUGCAGAGGACUUCCUUUAGCUCUUCAAGUUUUGGGUUCUUCUCUAUCAGGGCGAAGUGUAGAUGUAUGGGUAAGUGCAUUGAAGAAAUUGGAAGCAAUUCCUGAUGGUCAAAUCCUAAGAACACUUAUGAUAAGCUACAAUUGUUUGCAAGAUGAUCAUGACAAAGAGUUGUUUCUCCACAUUGCGUGUUUCUUUGUUGGUCGGGAUAGGGAUUGGACAAUUAACAUCUUAGAUGAAUGUGAUUUCUACACAACAAUUGGCAUUCAAAAUCUGAAAGAUAGGUGCCUCCUAACCGUCGAUGUGUUUAACAACCUUGAAAUGCACAAAUUGCUUCAAGACAUGGGAAGAGAGAUUGUUCGACACGAAUCGCCGAAGGAGCUUGGAAGCCGUAGCAGAUUAUGGUGUGAUAAUGAUUCUUUUAAGGUGUUGAGAGAAAAAUCUGGCACAUCCAAAAUAGAGGGCCUCAUCCUAGACAUGCAUAUGGUAGAGGAAGAUAAGCAUUCCACGACAAGAUCUAUAGUUGAUCAUGGGAAAAGCAACAAAUAUGGAGGAACGCUGGGCAAAACAUUCUUGUCAGAUCUCGGCAAUUCAAUUAAACAACGUGUUUUCAACCGAUUCUCUAGGCACCCAGAAAACACUUCUUUACGAAAUUCAAGCACGUCGAAACUUCUGGAGAUUGAUGCAUUUUCAGACAUGGACAAACUAAAAUUACUCCAGCUCAAUUAUGUACAAAUCAGUGGACCCUUCAAAAAGUUUCCUAACAAAUUAAGAUGGUUGUGUUGGCAUGGAUUUCCCUUAAGAACAAUACCAGGUGGUUUUCCUCUGGGAAGCUUGGUUACUUUGGACUUGCAGUAUAGCAAUUUGGAACGAGUUUGGAAAGGAACUAAGUUUUGUAAGACAUUGAAAAUACUUGAUCUGAGCCAUUCCCAGGAGCUUAUGAAAACUCCUGACUUCUCAGGAGUCCCCAAUCUUGAGGGAUUGAUUCUUGAAGAUUGUAUAAAUUUGGUUAAGAUUCAUGAAUCCAUUGAGAAGCUAGAAGGCCUCAUUCUCCUGAAUCUAAAAGAUUGUAAAAAUCUUAAGAAGCUUCCUCGUAACAUUUGUAUGCUAAAAUCUCUUGAGACACUUAUCAUCUCUGGCUGCUCAAAUCUUGACUGGUGGCCAACAGAGGGGCGGAAAAUGGUUUCUUCAAAAGUGCAUCGUACUUAUGGGAUUCGUGUUGAGCAAUCUCUUUCUGAGGAGGUCGAACCAUGGCAAGGAAUAAUGCGGUCGUGGGUAUCAAAGCCCCAGAAAAUCCCAGAUGUUCCAUCUUUUCAGUUAAUCCCAGAUGUUCCAUCUUUUCAGUUAUCAGGGUCUCUAGUGAAAUUAAGUCUUGCAGACUGCAAUCUAUUGAAUGAUGAUUUUCCAUUGGAUUUUAGUAACCUACCCUUACUGCAGUUCUUGGAUCUAAGUGCGAAUCAAAUUCAUAGCCUGCCAGAGGGUGUUAAAGAUCUUAUUGGGCUCCGGACACUUGUCGUAGAUUCGUGCAAAAGGCUCACAUCACUUACAGGGAUAGCAAACGUCGAACUCAAGAAGUUGAGUGCGAGAGCCUGCACAUCCCUUCAAAAAGUAUCCUAUCAGCCGACUAUGUCUAGCCUGUCAAUUUACAUUGAGGAUUGUGGAAAACUAGUUGAAGUUGAGGGUCACUUCAAGUUAGAAUCUAUGAGCGCUGCUGACGUAGAGAGCUUAAAGGCCUGGGGGUUCUCGAACAUAGAAGCUGUUGUUACUUACUUCAACUUGUCUGCAACUGGUAUUGCAAAGAGGCUUCCUUUCCAGAAAUUGCAUGAAAGUGGUGUUUACAGUUAUUCCCUUCCCGGGAAUGAGAUUCCAAGUGGGUUUAGCAUUAAGACCAAAGGGUCCUCCCUAUCAUUUCUUGUUCCUUCACUCCCUCAUUACAAGAUCCGAGGCUUCGUUGUAUGUUGUGUGUAUACAACUUGGAAGAACAAACUCCGUUUAUCUGAUUUUAUGCGUCCAUUGACAACUUUGAUAGACAAUCAAACGAAGCAUCUUAAAUUCGUACAUUGCCCAGUGUCUAUUGGUAUUCCGAAAGCCAAUGAAGAUAUGAUAUGGAUAAGUCAUUGGAAUUCCAGGGAUCCGUUGGAUGGUGGUGAUGAGGUUGUGGUUUCAGUGCAGACGGAUGUUCGUAAGGUUCAUAGUACUGGAGAAAAGCUAAGAAGUAGUUUUGAAGUAAAAGAGGUUGGAAUUUUACUUUUGUACGAAUAUCAAGACGAAGUGGCAUCUCAUGAAACCUUCACCUACGAAGAUAUGGUUCCAAGAGAUUUGUCACUCCAGGGAGAGCGGUACUUGUUCGGCGGUAUGCGAAGGGUGUCACACAAAAGACUCUCCUCCGGUGGUCCGCUGCAGAAGGCUUAUUAUAGGUUAUUUCGGAGUUGACUUUUUGGGGAUUGUUGUGGUUGGAUUUAAAUGCUUAAUUAUGACUUGGCAAAUUUCGAGGACGAAUUUUUUUGUAAGGAGGGUAGAAUGUAAAGACCCGUAAAUAAUUUCUAUUUUUCUUAAUUGUUUAAUAUGUGGAGAAUUGUAUUUUGAUUAAGUUUAUGUGUUUAUUAAUGUGAUUGUACUGGUAUACGUAUCCCGGUGUGUAUCGAAAGUUCGGUAGAUAGU